AAGUCAAGCAAAUGGCAUAGCAGUGGCAGAGUAUAUGUAUUCUACCACAUUUUGGGAAUCUAUUGAACAAAUUGUAGAAUUUUCAGAGCCUUUAGUAAAAGUCUUGAGACUAGUGGAUGGAGAUAAACCCCCCAUGGGAUAUGUGUAUGAGGCUAUGGAUAGGGCCAAGGAGGUGAUAAGGAGUAAGAUGGAAAAUAACAGAGAUAAGUAUAUGCCGUUGUGGGACAUAAUUGAUAGGAGAUGGGAUGGACAAAUGCACACUCCUCUCCAUGCUGCAGGAUAUUUUCUCAAUCCUCUGUUAUUCUAUAAGACUGACUUCCUGGAAAUUGAUGCUGAGAUCAAACAAGGCUUCUUCAAGUGCAUGGAAAAAAUGUUUCCUGACUUGGAAAAAUUUGAUGCGGCUACGAUAGAGCUGGAAAUGUACAAGCAUGCUAAGGGCUUUCUCUCUUCUAGGGCUGCUAUACAAAGCAGAAAGACAAUUCAACCAGGUAGACUCUAUAAACUUUUGACAAUCUCUUUAUUUUGCCAACCAUUAAGUUUGUUAAGAUUAUAACAUACUCUUAGUCUUACAAUAUCAUCUCCAUAUAAUGUGUUUUUCAGCUGCAUGGUGGGCUUCUUUUGGAGAUGAAAUACCAAAUUUAAGGUGGAUGGCGGUGCGUAUUUUGAGCCAACCAUGUAGCUCAUCAGCUUGUGAGCGUAAUUGGAGUGUGUUUGAACACAUACAUUCUAAGAAACGCAACCGCCUAUCACAACAACGACUAAAUGACUUGGUAUUUGUUCAUCACAACCUCCGCUUGAAGAUAAGGAAAGCUCAAGGAACUAUUGAGGAAUGCUUGCCAAUUGACCUCGAUGAGAUAUAUCCAGAGUGCGAGUUGAUUGCUGCUAAUGAUGAUGAUGAUGAUGAUGAUGAUGAUGUUGAUGAUGAUUAUGUUGUUGCUGAUCGUCCGCUUGUGUCUGAAGAUUUUGAUAUCAUGAGGCAAGCCAACUUUCGUCCUGAAUGGGUUGAAGGAAUUAGGACAGGCUCUUACCCAGGAGCUUCAUCAUCAGGGCCUCCUGCUCUCUAGCAUGUCAUUGCCUACAUUUGAGAUUUUGGAAUUUUGUACUUAGUUUACAGGUUGACUUUAUUCAAAGUCACAAACUAUAUUGUAAUUGACAUUUUGACAUCUAUCACCAUCUAGAUAUUAUUUAUGGUGUAGUAUAUUUUGUGGAACGUAAUCAGUGAUAUGAAUAUAAACAACAAAAAUCUAUUUCCUGCAAUUCAUGUUUUCAAGUGUCUAUUUUAUUUGCCUACAAUAUCUCUAUGCUAUGGAAAUACCCUAAAAUAUAUAAAAAAAGUAGUUUUUGAUUGUUUUUCUGCAAUUUUUUA